CUCACUGUGCCUUCCCCUUCACUCACUCACUGAUUGACCUUCAACCUGAGCCUGCUCAUCACUGCACCUCAGACAACCACCCCCACGCACUCAGGUUCAGGCUGGCCACCACCAGACAGACAGACAGACAGAUGGGCGGACGACGGACGACAAGGCAGGCAAACAGACAGGCAGAAAGGCCGCCGUCAAGAGCUCCUUCCAGCCACAUGCAGCGCAGCCACACACAGCUACACACCAAAAAUGGGAAUGCACAAAUCGCACCAGUGCAUUGCACUGAUUCGGCCCGGUCAGUCAGUCAAAUUAACCACUCAGCCCAGCCCAGCCAAUCGACAAGGUACACGUCAGCCUUUCCCCUGCCCUGCCACCCAUCCCAUCCGCCCAUCGAUCGGUCUGAAUAUCACAAACAGCGGCAGCCCACACUCGACCGACGCAACAGCACCCACACACACCAAGCCCCUCUUCCCCUUCCAGCGCGCCUCAUCUGGCACAGCAUUUGGAGCGCCGGCCCGCCCUCGCCUCUCUUGCCGGCAGGGGAAGCCAGGCAGGCUGCGGUGGGGGCAGCGGUGGCAGCCAGACCGGCGGCCGCGGAACCAUUUGCGACGGGACGAUAUGCCGCGGAAGCAGUGGAUGAGGCGGGAAGAACUGGAUGUGGCAGGGAGGUGCCCCGAUGAGGGGAGGGGGGAUGAGGGGAGGGGGCGGGCUGACGGACACAGGUCGUGCAGCGGCAGGAACAGCAGUGGUGGGACGUGGCCGAGCAGCUGGCGGCAUGGCGGGGGGCAGCGUGAUGGGGGGCUCGUCUGGCACUCCCUCAGCCGCGUCUUCGUCAUCGUCUGCACCACUCGAAAUUGACAGCGAGCCACCUGAACGAACACACACAGAGAGUAAAGGGGGAACGAGCGGUAAUGCAUGUGGGUUUAUGUGUGCUGCGUGUGCCUGUCCGUCUGUCUGUCUGUGUGUGUGUGUGUGUCGACUGACCUUUCGCUCCGUCCUGCAUCGGUUCAGCCGGUGCUGCUGGCGCGGUAGCCGACACAAUAGGCGCCUCCUUGAGCUGCCGGUCCUGUUUGAAGGCAACGGAAGGACACGACCGAUUGAUGCACACCGCAACCAAGGGGCGCCUUUUCAUGUUUGUACCUCCUCCUUCAGCUUCUCCAUCUCCUGCUUGAGCUGCUCCAUCUCCUCCUGGAGUUUUCUCUGUCCAUGGCAGGGAAGGCAAACAGAUAUACAUUCAUUUGGUCUGUCUCGCAGACAGGCUCACGUUCUUGAUCUUCUCGUCGACCCAGAGGUCCUCGGUCUUCUCGCGCCACUGUAUUUGGAAUUUGAUUCUGUCUGCAUUCACACAGACACAGACAGACGCACAAUCGACAAUGCGACUGAUUGUACACUGAUCCCUUAAUGUCCCUUCAUAAUUACCCUGUAAGUGUGCCCUUUCAUGAAGGAUGCGCUUGACCUCUUGAACCCUGACGAAAUCGUUGGUGUAGCUGUCGAGGCCUGCGUUCAUUCAUUCACUCAUUCAUUUCGCGUCUCCUAUGAACGCAUGAAAAUGCAUCCAUGGAAACGAUAUAGCAGCCCUGCAAAAACGAGGCAGGGACCAGGGCGGACGUCCGGCACAGAAGGUUUCCCUUGGCUACCCCUGGGUUUCGUAAAAAGGCCAGUUUGUUUUCACCCUGAUGGCGCAGGGCCGCCCACCUUGCAUACU